GAGUCGCCCGCGUCGGCGAAGUUGAUCAAGGUGGAGAUGAUCGACCAGGCGAGGGUGCCGAUCCUGCGGCUGAUGCUCAGAGGCCACGCGGGGAAUGCCUUCGGCCCGGCUGUUGUGGACGUGUCGUUCGACCAGCAGGGCCCCAUCGAUCACGUGGAGUGGUUUCGGAGAGCAUGCGCUGCCUCACUGUCCGAGGCCGUGUGUCCGCCCUUCGCGCAGGCGCCGAUCGUCACCUCGAUGCUGAGGUGCAUCAAGCUGUGGCUCCGCUUGCGGCAGAUCCCCCGCAACAAGGAGGGGGGCCUGCCGACGAUGACCUGGCUGCUGAUGGCGGCGCACGUCUUCCUGACUGCGGACGUGAAGAGCCAGAUCGGCGUGCGGCCCACGGCGGCGCUCCUGAAGGUUCUCCUCGACUUCUUUACGCUCUACUCCCUGCCAG